AUGCCAGAGGGUCAGCUUGGUUCAGGUCCUUGGGAGGAUGAUGUGGCUUGCCGCAGGGUCCGUGAGAUUGCCUGCCAGCUGGUCUCAGCUCUGUAUUACUUACACUCCCAUCGCAUUCUUCAUCGUGACAUGAAGCCACAAAAUAUACUGUUGGGGAAAAGUGGGGUGGUGAAACUGUGUGACUUCGGGUUUGCGAGGGCCAUGAGCGUCUCCACCUUGGUGCUGACUUCUAUCAAGGGAACACCACUGUACAUGUCUCCUGAGCUGGUGGGGGAGAAGCCAUAUGACCACACUGCUGAUCUCUGGUCUCUGGGCUGCAUCCUUUAUGAACUCCACACGGGGGCGCCUCCGUUCUACACGAACUCCAUCUUCCACCUGGUGCAGCUUAUAGUGAGAGACCCAGUCAAAUGGCCUGACACUAUGAGCGACACCUGCACGAGUUUCCUAAAAGGUUUGUUGACCAAAGACCCUCAGAAGCGGUUGUCGUGGCCAGACCUCUUGCACCAUCCCUUUGUUGCCGAUGGUGUUCCAGUGCUGUCAGACACAAGUGUUUUCAGCCCUCUGACAGUCACGCCCAGCCCAGAUAUGCUGGCGCGGAAACUUCAGCAAGUGGCAGCGAAGACGGUGCCGACUUCUGGAGAGAGCAGGCUAUUGCGAAAGGCCAGGGAGCAGAAGGACAACAGCAACAGGGGGAAACCAGAGGGCAGUGACGGUGUUAAAAAAAAGAAGGAUGGAGUGGGAAAUGAAAGGGACAACUCUACCGUGGCGGCGGCAUCUCCUCGAGCCAAACCCAUGACAGCUGCCAAUCAAAGCCUCAACCCAAAGAGUCAAGCCUGCAUGAGAUCAAAGAACAGGGGUCAGAUCAGCAGGGACUAUGAACAGGAGUUCCCCUCUGUAGAGGUUGGACCAGGACUAGUGCGGAGAUGCAGUGAGGACAGUCAGAUCACACUGCACAGGCAGGAUUUUGACAGUGAGGACUAUUGGGAGAAACUGGCACAAGAAUCAGACCCGAGCAGGCAGGAGAAAGAAGUGUUAAACCACAGUGCCAUCAUACCUCAACUUAAAUCCAAGAUCCUGACAUUUAAAGCUCAGCUAACAGGUGGCGUGGUUGAAGAAACGUGGCAAAUUCACCGGCCGCUGAAGGUCUUACACAACCUGAUUCUGACCUCUGACCUCGAGAAGUCGUACCAAAUCGGCCGGGAACUUGGGCUACCCCAUGUCCUCUUUGACCUAAUCCAUGAUACUGUAGAAAACUCAAAUUCCAGCAAGCAACCAUGGAGUGUGCCAGUGCUUGGAGAAAUUAUUGUUGUGCUCAUGAUCUACUGGGAGAAGCACAGUGACUGGGUGGAAGAAGAUAACAGACUGGAAGAGUUCACCAAGCCCUUCGUCACAAUUCUCAGUCACCCAAACCUCAUUCCUUUAGCACCUCUAGCAGCCUCUGUUUUGUCUCUGUUAACAAAACUCGAUGUUGAGAUCCAGGUUGAUAUGGACAAUCUAACUUCCUUGAUGAAAAACCUGCUUUUGGACUCGUAUGAGCCUCAGCUUUCUCUUCCCUCUGGCUGGGGACUCUGUGAUGGCAUCCUCUCUUUACUCCUGUACACACUCUCUGAGCACGAAAAUGGCUCUGGAUCUUCAUGUUUAGAUCCAGUCAUGUUUCUGGAUCUAUGUAAAAGAAUUGGUACUUCACUAUCAAAGACAGCAAUAGACUCAGACUUCUGUUCGGCACAUGGACUGCAUUCCUUUUUGUCUACCGCGCUGUUCGUCUACACCAAGGAUCCAUACUCGUGCAUUCCUCUGUUUUCUGACUUUGAAUCAAAGUGUGUAUACACUCUUGGCAGGCUGCUGGGCACUGACUGUCUUCAUUUGUUUGCUGGAGGCGGUCCUGAGAGACUUGAGCUGGAUCUGAGUCACGACAGCCUGUCCGUGUUGAGCUGCCACUUGUUGUGCUUUCCGUUCGCCCUGGACCUGCCUCCACACACCAUGUCCACGAUUUUCCAGUUGUACGACAGUUGUGGUAUUGUUACAAGCCUCCUGCAGGUAAUUCAAACUCUUCCUCCUCCGCUCCUGGAGCUGCCUCUCUCCCUGCUGAGCCGUUUGCUCCUGUGUGACCCAGAGCGCUCAGUUCCCCGCCUCAGAAAAGCUGCUAGUGGCUUUUUGGCGCCACCCAGGAGCAGCCAGCUCACUGCCUCCAAACACCCGGCUCCGCUAACCAGAACUGCCAGCUCUUUGCUCGCUCACUUGCUGCAGCUGGAUGUGCUGUGGGAUUCUGCCGUGGAGCUCCUAACUCUACUGUCCCAAGAAGCCCGCUGUUCCCCUCGGCCCGCCCACCUUCAACUUCACCUGGAAGCCUCAGUGCUGCACCAGGCGCUGGCUCACUCUCAUGACCAGAUCAGGGCCGCCACAUGCAGACUUUUGGGACAUUUAGAUCCGUUCAGGCCUCCUACACUGCACACCCUGCAACCUGACAUUUUCAAAAGCAUGAUCGAGUGUCUUCAUGAUUCCUGCAUGCCUGUACGGCGGAUGGCUUGCAGGGCAGUCGGGAACUGGUUGGGAUAUAUUGCGGCAGGGGCAGGGUUUAAAAUGGGUAGGUCCAAAGGAAAGGGCAGUGACACUGCAGGGUGGGGCAAAGAGACGGGACAAAAUAAACGCAGCGAGGCAGCAGCAGGACAUUUGGCAACUUUAGUAGAACAGGGAGUGGACGAUGAGCAGGGGCGCGAGUGGGUAGAGGAAGCCAGGAGGACGGCAGCCAUGCUGGCGUCUCUUGUCACUGACCCAGAUGCCCUCACGCGCCGGCACUGUUGUGCAGCCCUGGGAAACCUGGUAUAUGUUGAUGGCGCUGUGUCCUUGUUGUUGGAGGAAGAUGUGCCCAGCUCACUCCUAAGAGCUGCAUGCACGGAUUCCCAUAAUGCAGUGAGACAAGCUGCCAUAGCGACCCUGUGCCUGUACAGCGAGCAGGACACGAUACGUCAGGUCCUGAUCUCCCUCGAUGCCAGUAAGAAACUUCUUCAGGCUUCACAACGUACACCUCAACAAUGCGACUAUCAUGGGCUCAUUGAACAGCUGUGAGUCCAGUUCACCAGGAAGGACAGCAGAUCUUAAUGCCCUGUGUGAAGAAUUCUCCUCUUUCCUUACGUUACAAUACAACUUCCUACUCUCUUGAAUACUGUGUUCAAGGACUACAGACAAUGAUCAUAUCCCCUGUUUAUUAUUUUCUAUCUAAAGUGUGUCUUUAAAAUGUUUUUUUUUUACCAAUACACAGAAUGAAAAUGUCACAAAUAAAAAGUCACUUUUCUAAAU